AAGCCAGUGGAUGGGCUGACAGCGUUGAGUAGACGGAGCAGACAGACUGGCUCUGGACUGUACUGCUGACCUAGAAUGGCACAAAACGGAACAACAGAGAAUGGAGUGGCUGAAGACACCCCAUCAGCUUUGACUUUCCCUAAACCUGUCAAGGUCCAGGAUAUCAGACACACCAUGAUUUUUAUCAACAAUGAGUGGCUCACAUCCACCAGCGGCAGGACAUUCCCAACUCUCAACCCGGCGACAGGUGUCAAGAUCUGUGAUGUGGAAGAAGCAGACAAAGACGACGUGGACAAGGCGGUGGAGGCAGCCAAAGCAGCCCGGCAGAGAGGCUCUCCGUGGCGGAGAAUGGACGCGUCCAGCCGGGGGAGGCUGCUCCACAAACUGGCCGACCUGAUGGAGAGGGACCGGCUCCUGUUGGCGACCUUGGAGACGAUGGACACAGGGAAACCCUUCCUGCAGUCCUUCUUCAUCGACCUGGAUGGCAGCAUCAAAACCCUUCGUUACUACGCAGGCUGGACCGACAAGAUCCACGGCAAGAGUCUGCCUGUAGAUGAAAGCUUCGUGUGUUUAACCAAACACGAGCCUGUUGGCGUAUGUGGAGCCAUCAUUCCAUGGAACUUUCCUCUCCUGAUGUUCAUGUGGAAGAUAGCACCAGCCCUGAGCUGUGGAAACACUGUGGUCAUCAAGCCAGCAGAGCAGACCCCCCUCACAGCCCUCCAUGUUGGAUCGCUCAUCAAAGAGGCGGGGUUCCCUCCUGGAGUUGUGAACAUCGUCCCUGGGUUUGGUCCCACAGCAGGAGCGGCCAUCGCCAGCCACAUGGAUAUUGACAAAGUGGCCUUCACUGGCUCUACAGAGGUGGGUCAGCUGAUCAAAGAAGCUGCAGCCAAAAGUAAUCUCAAGCGAGUGACUCUGGAGCUGGGAGGGAAGAACCCCUGCAUCGUGUUUGCUGACUGUGACUUGCAGCUGGCUGUGGAGGAAACCCAGAAAGGAGCUUUUUAUAACCAGGGUCAGUGCUGCACGGCUGCGUCACGUGUCUUUGUGGAGGAAAGUAUUCAUGACGAGUUUGUGCGCCGCAGCAUAGAAAACGCCAAAAAUAUUGUCAUAGGAGACCCGCUAGACCCCCGGACGUCACAUGGACCACAGAUUGACCGACAGCAGUUUGACAAGAUCAUGGAUCUGAUAGAGAGUGGGAAGAAGGAGGGAGCCAAGCUUGAGUACGGAGGAGCAGCUGUGGGAGAGAAGGGCCUCUUCAUUCAACCCACCAUCUUCUCCGGGGUCAAGGACCACAUGCGCAUCGCCAAGGAAGAGAUCUUUGGUCCGGUCUUGUGUAUAUUCAGCUUUAAGAGCCAGCAGAAGGCCAUCGAGCGAGCAAACAGCUCACAGUAUGGCCUGGUGUCAGCAGUCUUUACAACGAAUAUGGACAGAGCCCUGUCUGUGUCUGCAGCACUGGAGACUGGCACUGUCUGGAUAAACUGCUAUAACGCCCUUCACGCCCAGACUCCCUUUGGAGGAUAUAAGAUGUCAGGCAACGGACGAGAGCUUGGAGAGUACGCCCUGGCUGAGUACUCGGAGGUGAAGGCAGUGACCAUCAAACUGAGUGAAACCCUGUGAGGAGAAGCAGGGAAAGUCCAACGCUCUGCACUUCCUAUUCCACAUCAGGCCACGUCACAAUUCUCUACAGCCCCCACACUCCCUUCUCUGUCUUCAGUCAUGCUCAUGGUGUUGGGAUUAGGAUCAGGCCAACUGUACAAUACAGUAUAUCAGAGCCCCAAAAGAGUCACUGUUUGUUCACUUCUUCUAUGAUACACUGUAGGUGAGGAUGGGCUUUCACUCAGCAGCUUCAGUCAUGUCAGUCAGUCGUCAUAAUGUUUUGUUACAGCUUCAUGUUUUAAUUAUAAUUUAUUCAGAAUUUCUCCUGGAAAUAAGUAAGAGGUUUGGUACAGACAGUAAUUAUGGGAAAAAUAUCCAAUUGAUCUCCAACUUAUCAUUAAUCACAAGUAAAUGCUGGCUUAACCCAUAGAGCAACAGGUCAGCUGAACACGCACAAAUAUGAAAUUUGUCUACAUGUUAUUAUAUGAAGAACAUGGGUUUAAAUAAGGCAGGUCUUUCCCAUUUGACCUCCUCCAGUGUGCCCCCUAUUUCUGAAGAAUUAUGCAUGGUCAGUGGUGAGAGACAAAUCAUUUAUUUAUAGUGUGAUGUUUGUCAAAAUCAUUUUGCACGUCAAGAAGGUUACAGUCUGUCUUAAAGAUAGUAAAGUACCUGUGCUCAGUGACUUACAUCUCUCAUCUUCAUCAUAUACGUCACAAACAUCAACAACACUAUCACCUCAGCAUAUUUCACUCUGUUCUUCCAGAAUGAGGAGAAAAGGAUUCAGUCAGUCUAGCAAAGUCACAAUAUCACAUGCAUGACAUAUUUUCACAGUCUUAAACUUAAACAGCUCAUGACAGACUUUAAAACUGACAAACAUCAACGUGUAAUUCAAGUUCAAACUGGAUCAAAGAAUGAUUUGUCUCUUGCCAUUGACCACUGUACAUAUUCUUUCUGAAAUAAAGUUUCAUGGUGCUCCGCUGUUAGCACAAAACUAAAUGUGAAAAUAUGAAAGUACUGUUAAAAGCUCUAAACGAUUCCCCAUAAGUAGAUCUUGUGCUUUUUGAAUCAACUUACUCUUUCCAGGGUCAAUAAUGAACCUUACUAACUGAUAUAAUCCUUUAAUGAGCUGCAGGCUCAUGGCUCACCUUUGAGAACUGAAUGUUUCUUUCAGUUGGAAAGUUUUAGUGUCCCAGUCUUCCACUUCAAGACCCUGAGCAGAACUCGGGGUAUAACAUUUGUACUACACAGGAAAAGUGGUGGAAUGAGAUGAGAGGAUGUUUUCUGUCAUGUCAUGUCUGGAAACACAAAUGCAUGUUGCAGGAUUUUUGCCGAUGACUGACACAUUGAUAUUUUCCAACUCCAACUUUGGUUAAUUGCCAACGCCAAGUACCGAUACGCACACAUAUUCUAUCCACCUAGUUGCAAAGAACAUCAGCUCCCUUGUAGUGUAAUUAGCAGUUGACACACAUUUAUUAUACCAGAUUACGCGCUCACUCACACAUAAAAUACAUUUUUAGAGUGUACACAUUCACUGGGAAAAAAUAAGAAAACUACUGCUUUUUUUCACUGGCACUUUUUGUUCUUUGUUCUUCACAAAUUUGUUAUCAUGAUCAGUAUGACGGCUCUGGGUGGUUAAAUCUAUAAUCUGGAAGGAGUGGAAUUUAAUUGGCUCCUCUUUAAAGACAUGAGUACAAACAUACUCAUGUAGCAUGAACAUAAUAGAAGCAUCAUCUCAUCAGCCUGUCAUGUUCAUCUCAACAAAAACACUCCAGUACUUGUAAAGUUCUUCCUCACUAGUCCAGUCCUUUAAGCAGUUUGAUUACAUUAGAUACAAAAUGUGAUUCAUCAGUGAUUCAACAGAUGAAUCCCAGUCAUAUCUGUUCAUCACAUCUCACUUCAUUGGACAAUGUGGGCAGUGAAGCUCGGAGAAAAAAAUACUGUUUAUUUUUGUAAUUGUUGAAAAGCUGAUAUGUAUUCAGAUGCUUUUUGUUUCUAAUUCCACGCGCUGAUUCUAACCUGGUGUGAUCUAAAAUGAAUGUUCUCUCUGCUGAGAGGAAGGUGCCUUCCCUUUCCAUUGUUGGAAGAACUCUGGUUCUCGUCCCAGAUGAGGUAACAUUUACCUUGCCAGUAACCUUUUAGUACUGUAACAGCAACAAUGUUAUCAUUGCAUGGAUAGGGUCAACUUUAACUUUUUUGUUACCAACAUAUAUGUUUGAGUGUUUGUUUAUUAUUAUCACACAUGGGAAACAAGUCUGUCUCUGCAUUUUUAUCACAUUAGUUUUAUAUUUAAAUAGAAAUACUGAAUAAAGAAAUUCAAAUACA